UCUUUAGUUAAUGAGCUCAAAUAAUUACACGCUGGCUUAAACCGGCUCCCGACUUCACCUGGGCGGCUUUCUUCUUUUUCCCAGUCACUCAUUUCUCCAGUUCACAUAGUUGUACACUUGCAUCAUCUAUUUGCUCAUUUGGCCACGUCCUCCCAUCCCAACAUGCUACACCACGGCGCAGCUUGCCUGCUGCUGCUGCUUUCUAUACUCCAGCUUGCCCUUUGCGCCGAGGACUAUUACAAGGUUCUCGGUCUGCAAAGGGAUGCGAACGAUAAGCAGAUCAAGUCGGCUUAUCGCCAGCUGAGCAAGAAGUUCCACCCCGACAAGAAUCCGGGCGACGACACUGCCCAGUCCAAAUUCGUUGAAGUCUCCGAGGCCUACGAAGCUCUGAGUGAUCCCGAGUCCCGCCAGAUUUACGAUAAGUACGGCCACGACGGCUUGAAGCAAAGGCAACAGGGAGGUGGCGGCCACCACGAUCCUUUCGAUUUGUUCAGCAGAUUCUUCGGCGGGGGUGGCCAUUACCAGCGAGGACAGCCACGUGGCCACAACAUCGAGAUCAAGGUUGGCAUUUCUCUGCGCGACUUCUACAAUGGUCGCGAGACCGAGUUCCAGUGGGAGAAGCAACACAUUUGCGAAGAGUGUGGCGGCAGCGGUUCGGAAGAUGGCGUGGUCGACACCUGUGGCCACUGUGGUGGCCAUGGUGUGCGAAUCAUCAAGCACCAGCUCGCCCCGGGCAUGUUCCAGCAAGUACAAACACAAUGCGACGCUUGUGGCGGUCGUGGAAAGACCAUAAAGCACAAGUGCCCUGCCUGUGGUGGUGCUCGAGUCGUGCGCAAGGCAACGACUGUUCCCCUGACAGUCGAUCGUGGUGCUGCACGAGACUCAAGACUUGUCUAUGAAAACGAAGCCGAUGCCAGCCCCGACUAUGUUGCCGGCGACCUGAUUGUCACACUAGUCGAGAAGGAGCCCGAUUUCGAUACGGAUAACCCAGACCACCUCGACGGAACAUUCUUCCGCCGGAAAGGCAAUGAUCUUUUCUGGAGGGAAGUACUUUCGCUACGGGAAGCCUGGAUGGGUGACUGGACCCGUAAUCUCACACAUCUAGAUGGGCAUGUCGUUCAUCUCGGGCGAAAGCGAGGUGAAGUUGUGCAGCCUGGACAUGUCGAGUCCGUCGCCAACGAGGGAAUGCCAAUCUGGCAUGAGGACGGCGAUUCCGUCUACCACAAAACUGAGUUCGGCAAGCUUCACAUUGAGUACACGGUUGUUCUGCCAGACCAAAUAGAGGGCGGGAUGGAGAAAGACUUUUGGGCAUUGUGGCAGAAGUGGAGGGGCAAGAUUGGGGUCGAUUUACACAAAGACAGUGGCAGACCAGACACCCCUCUAUCAGAGUCGACACGAGGGAAGGAUGAAUUAUAGACUUUUGAUCUUUAUAGACGAAUACCAAGGAGAAGAUGAAUGAUCAACCAGUGUACAAGCAUGUCACGGACGGAGGCGUGUGUUGGUACCAGCCGGGCAUGGGAAUGGCACCACCAUACGCUCCCAACCUAGCUUUCGAUGGCCUACAUGUAUUUUGAGAGGCGGAACUUCGGAAGGGGCAUGUUGAUAAGCUGAAUAAUGUGGGUCCAUGCACUAAGCUUAGUCGCAAUGGACGUCAAUAGAGGUCGGCUCCAAUCAGAUCGAGCCUCAGUCCAACUCAUACGC